GUUCACCAACUGACGUGUCGCGUUCAGGUUGUUAUUGAGGAAAAUUGUGACAAAUGCUCAAAAAGGGACAUUGAAGAUAAUUGUGAACAUGUCAGAUCCUACAAAGCAAGACAUUUCUACCAUCUUCAAGAAACUUCGCUCCAUUCCGACAAAUAGGGUUUGCUUUGACUGCUCAGCUAAAAACCCCAGUUGGGCCAGCAUCACAUAUGGUGUAUUUCUAUGUAUAGACUGCUCUGGGACACAUCGGUCUCUGGGGGUGCACCUGUCAUUUAUUAGGUCAACUGAGUUGGACUCCAAUUGGUCAUGGUUUCAAUUGAGAUGUAUGCAAGUGGGAGGCAAUGCCAGUGCGGUUGCCUUUUUCAAUCAACAUGGCUGUACCUCCAGUGCUAUUUGA